AUGGGGUUCCUAACUGAGCAUCCACAUACUGUUGUGUCUGACACAAUUGAUUCGUUGGUUAAAACUCGUAAUGACAAUGAUUUGGAAAUUAGGAUUUAUGAUCUAAUUGAUGAGAUCAGAAGUAGAUACAAGGAAGAGUAUAAUGAGAAUCAAGCUGAAGCAGCAAGGAAAUUAAGAAAAUUGUUAAAAUAUAGUGAUAAAUCAGAGGUAAAACGUAAUUGUUUUAAUAUAUUAGAUUGUUUUAUCACUAAUGGUAUCAAAUUUGAAGUAAUUUAUAAUGAUAGCAAACUAUUAUUGGUUUUAAAGCAGUCUGCCACCAUUAAUAAAAAUUAUGCCAGAUUUGUUUAUAAUUGGUACAGUUAUAUUAAAGAAAAUGGAUUGACGGAUAGCUAUUGUUAUAUUGGUUUGCAGGAUCUUUAUAAUUCAGUUAAAAAGUCCGCUUCAACUUCCUCAAGAAGAACUGUAUUUGAUGUCAAUAAAGAGAUUCCAAAAAUUAAGGAAUUAAUCGCAGAUGCUUUGUCAGUAUCGAUUGCUUUAAAUAAUGCAUUGUUAAGAUUGAAACCUGGAGUGUACUCAAUUGAUGAUGAACAAUCCACUGCCUGUUUCAUUAAAGCCAGAGAAAUCAGAAGAAAAAUAUUGAAAUAUUUACAGAUUAUUCAAUCUGGUGACUUGCUUGGUGGAUUAAUUCAUGCUAACGAUGAAAUUGUCACGUCCCUAAAGAAGUAUGACGCACAAAGUGGUAUUGAUGAAUAUGAUAAAAAUAAGUACGACAAUUCAAAUGACGAUUAUGGAUUUGAUGACAAUGAAGAUGGUGAAUCUUCCUAUUAUGAAACUGACGACGAAUCAACAUUCUCCAGAGAUAAUAAUAAUAAUAAUAAUAAUAAUGAUAACGUUUUUAAUAAACAGACGAAUAAAAGCAAUUAUAGAAGCAGUGGUGGGUCGAAUCCAUUUGGUGACGAUAAUAUGAUCUAA